AUGGCAGAGUCAACAUUGGUCUCAUUCAGGAGGACGAUUGCAACACACCUCACGGGGAUACUAGGCCAGUCUAUCGAGAGUCUUUUGCCGCUGGUCCAACAGAACACCAGUCAUCGCAAGGCGUCGCAUAGCGUCUUUUCUGUAGUUAUCAAACGACUACAGCAGCUUCAGAGCAGGAGCAGUGGUGAUGGAACGGCGGCAGUGUUGGAUGAGCAGGUCUUGGAAAGAUGCUGCACAGAACUGUCGGCUGAUACGCGGGAGUGUAUUGUCAGAACGUUGCAGGAUGAGAACGCGUUCUGUAGUUUGAGACGAACCGUCCUGACGGGAUUUGUGGCUCGCUUCCUGUUGUCUAAAUCGAGCGGUGCAGCAAAUGUCAAGGUUCUUGCCGAUCUCGGAAGGGAUGAGUUCUUGCAGGAUCUGGAUGUCGAAUCGCCAACAUUAUCUGAUACUAUCAACGACAGUGGCGACGGAUAUCUGGAAACCAUUAAACACGCACUUCAGACAGGACCAGAGAUCAAGGCACAGUGGAGCAACACAGAAGCUGGUGCAUGGGUCGUAGACAUGUCUGCUCAGAAACUGGGACAGGUCAAGGUGUUUUCGUCGUCAAGGACAGGAUUAACUUCAGAUGAGAAAGCGAAGGAGAUGGGAGAUCCGACGGCGGUGAUUGAGACGCUAGUUCGGAUGGCGCGGCAGUUUGCGCGGUACGGUGGUGGUGGUGGUGGUGGUGAAGGAGAGAUGCGGUAUAUCUGGGUGAUACCAGAUGGACGACGGUUGUUUGCGGAGCAGGUGUUGUUCUUGGCUCGGACCAUCUUCCCAGGAGUGGGACGGCGGUUACAGAGCGAUGGGGAGGUUGAUUGCUCGAUAUCUGAGGACGAACCGGAAAGGAAAAAACGGGCAGGCGCAACAGCAGCAGAAUCGGAUGUCGUAAAGGACUCGAGAUCAUCGGUGAAAGCAAAGUCGUGGGCUGAUUCGGUGGAGGUGAUGUAUUAUGGACCAGCUAUGGGUGUUGAUCUGCCAAAGGAUUCGUCACUCUUCACCGCUGCAACUAGUAAUGGUGGAGGUGAGAUGAGUGAAGUUAUCGAUUACACGAACGUCAAGAUGCGCGAGGUCGUUGAACAGAACCGCGGUGGUGGCGGUGUUGGAGGAUACAGUGGCGCCUACGGCAACGAUGGCUACGACGCUGACGAUGGCGAUGAUGAAGGAAAUGGCGCUGAAGUGUUGGAUGAGGCGGAGCUGACAAGGAUGUCGAAUAUCUUGAGUCGAUCGGCGGUGGUAGUCUCGUGUUGUGGCGGGAAGAGGGCCCGGAAGCUGAAUGUCAGUAUGAGCAGAAUCUUGGACGGCAAGGCCUCCUACACCGAGUCCUUUGACCUGGCCCUCCUCCUAGCAGAGUACCCUGAGAUCCUUUCUGGCAUCCACGAAUCCCUCGACCCGUCUGUACUCGUCACCUAUUUAUUUAACCUGGCGGCGAUGGUGGGUCAGGCGAACAGGGUGUUGAGGGUGAAGGGGAUGGAGGUGGAAGUUGCGGAGGCGAGGUGGUUGGUGUUUUGGGCGGCCAAGAGGGUUUUUGAGGAGGGGUUGAUGUUGCUGGGGUUGGAGUUUUUGGAGCGGAUGUAA